AUGGACAAGGAAAUCUCAAUCCUCUGUUUCGGCGCCUCCCUUACAGCCGGAUACUACCAUUUUGGAUGCGAGUAUCAUCCAUACGCCUUGACACUGAAAGAUAAACUGCAGGCAGCCUUUCCCACCACCACAUUCACCGUUGACGAGGACGGCCUUCCAGGCGAUUUAGUCAUCAGCCCUGGACGAUUUCUGCCUCGGAUCCAAGAAAAAUUUGACGGAUCCAACUAUGACUGGGUUAUCGUUCUCGGGGGAACAAAGUAUGUUGCUUCGUCCUUACGGCUGGAGGGGCCUGAUGCUAACGUCAGCAGUGAUCUCGGGAGAGGCUAUCCAGCUUCGAAGAUAUACCCUGCCCUGCAAGAGGUGUGGGAGGUAGCUCUAGACAGCGGCGCAAAUGUUCUCGCCCUGACUAUCCCGGAAUGCUCGGUCGCCAGUAAGACGCUCGACACGAGGAGGAACGAUGUGAAUUCAUCCAUACUCGGUCAUAAAGCGGAGGGAUUCCACGCGUUUGACCUGCACGGGAAAAUCCCGUAUCACAACGCCACAGAGGAAUUCAGGAAGAGAAUCUGGGAUGAUGGACUGCAUUUCACUGCCGAGGGGUAUGAUCUCGUAGGUGAGGUGGUCGCUGGGCAUGUGAUUGCGCUGCUCAAGGACAAAGGUUUAUAA